AUGGCAAAGUUUGGACCUCCCGAGCCUUUUGAUUUCACGCAGCCAGCGGAGUGGCUCACGUGGCGGCAGAGAUUCUCCCGGUUUCGAGUCGCAUCAAAACUUGACAAAGAGAGCAGCGAAGUGCAGGUGAACUCGCUCUUGUACUCUAUGGGGAGAGAUGCCGAACCUAUUUACGGCUCAUUUGUGUUUCCUGCGGCGACCGAGGCCAUGCCACAUCCAGAGUACGACUUUGAUCUGGUUAUUCAGAAGUUUGAUGAACACUUUGUCCCGAAGAGAAACGUCAUCCACGAUCGCGCCUGUUUUCAUAAGCGGAGCCAAAGGGCCGGUGAGGCAGUCGAAGCUUUCGUGCGGAGCCUGUACGAGCUUGCACAGCAUUGUGAGUUCGGUGCGGGGAAGGACGAGCAGAUCCGGGACCGGAUUGUUAUUGGAAUAAUGGACAAAGAGGUUUCUCAAAAACUCCAGUUAGAGGCGGACCUGACACUGGAGCGAGCCAUCCAACUUGCACGUCAAAGUGAACAGGUGAAACAACAAAGUGCAGAGCGUGUGGAAAUUACAGUGAAUGAGUCACCUCUUGUUUCGAGUCCCGGCCGUUUUGUUGUCUUUUCUUUGGCUCCAGAGAGCCUCUAG